AUGCAUAUCCUUGUUGUCAAUGAUGACGGCCCGCCCUCGAACCAAUCUUCACCAUACGUACAUUCUCUGGUGACCACUCUUCAAGAUGCUGGCCAUUCGGUUUCAGUAGUCCUUCCCCACGUCCAGAGAUCGUGGAUUGGAAAGGCUCAUAUGGUGGGCCAAACCUUGACGCCUUCCUACUUUCGCCAAGGAACGCUUCAUAAGGACGAUGGUGUCACCUCAGCUCGUCCCUUCAACGAUGGGGGCGAGGAAUGGAUCUUGAUCGAUGGCACGCCUGCCAGUUGUGUGCAAAUAGGCCUUCAUCAUGUCUUCAAGGACAAAAGCCCCAUUGACCUUGUUUUGAGCGGCCCCAACUAUGGCCGCAACACUACUGCCGUUUUUGCUUUAUCGAGCGGAACAAUUGGCGGCGCCCUCGAAGGCGCAAUGAAUGGAAAGAAAAGCAUUGCCUUGUCGUAUGCCUUUGAUUCGCGCGAACAUGAUCCGGAAAUCAUUUCCGAGGCCUCAAAAUUGAGCACUAGACUGAUAGAGAAGCUGGUAAAAGAGUGGCCGGACGACGUGCACCUCUACAGCAUCAAUGUUCCUCUACGGAAAGGUGUUGAGAACACGAAGAUCGUCUACACCGAAAUGCUUCAGAACUCUUGGUUCAGUGGAAGUUCGUUCGAGGAAUUGCCUGAAGAGGCCGAAGAUGACGACCCGAACGUGGAGGAGCAAGCUAUACGGGAAUCCGAAACGGCCAAUGGGGAAGCUACCGCGCCGGUUCCGAAACGCGCUCAUCGGAAAUUCAAGUGGUCACCCAAUUUUGCCGACGUGCGCAAGGCUGUCGAGGAUGCACAGACUGGUGACGGUUGGGAGGUCUUGCAAGGCAACGUCACCGUGACUCCAUUAGUGGCCAACUUUAAGCAUUUGCCUCAUUAUACAGGCGAAAUUAAGCUGGAUGAUGAUAAGAAAACCGCGGUCUUGCAGAAGCCAGCUCAAUCGACAUCGCCUUUGUACUCCCUGGUUCAGUACCCCGAUUCUUACGUGCAGCCUCUCAUUCUUGAGGCUCUGAAGCUCCUCAAGAAAACCCCAAUAAACCCUAUUUCUUCACCUGCCGAGUUGCCAAGUCCGGAAGACCGCGUUGUACAGUUUGCAGCAUAUGAGUCUCUAGAUUUCGAACAUGCAAUGCAACAUCCACAGACCUCUCUUGUAUGCGCGUAUGUCAUUCGAAAAGCUCUUAUCCGCAAACAUUAUCUGUCGAAUACUGUGUCUACAUGGCUCGUCAAACAUCCAGACAGUAUCUUGGCAAGACAUUUUAAGCCUUGUGUACAUUUUGAGCUCGACUAUGCCGAAUUUCUCGAUGAAGCAUUAGUGAAUGCGUGGGAUCUGAACGAAAGCAUGGCAGAAAACGAUCAAAAGGAGUCUUCAGACCAGAAAACGUGGUGGAUCCUGAAACCUGGAAUGAGCGACGGCGGAAAUGGAAUACGACUAUUCUCGAGUAUGGAAGAACUUGAAGCCAUAUUUGAAGAAUGGGACGAAGCCAGCUCUGACGAGGACGACGGUGAAGAUGCUGAAGAUGCUGAGGAGAAUGAACGUGGGGCCUUGAAAGCAGAAGCGGACACGCAAGAGACUUCCACCGACGGCAAUGCAAUGACCUCCCAGCUCAGACACUUCAUUGCCCAACCAUACAUCGAUCCUCCUCUGCUACUUGAGGCAUACGACAACCGAAAAUUCCAUAUCCGGGCAUACGUCCUGGCCGUCGGUGCGCUGAAAGUCUAUGUGUACAAGGAAAUGCUGGCCCUAUUCGCCGCGAAACCGUACCAAUCUCCCGGGUCUGCUACAAGCAGCGCCGAAGAUGAUGCCGAAGUUUUGGACCUGGCACAGCAUCUGACAAACACAUGUUUUCAAGACGACACGACCAAAGACUCAUCGGUGUAUCGCUUUUGGGCCCUCGAGUCUUCAGGUGUACGGAGCGGGUGGAAAGAAGAUAUAUUUGACCAGAUCUGCGGCAUUACCGGAGAAAUCUUCGAGGCCGCCGCUCGGGAACAGAUGGUCCAUUUCCAGGCCAUUCCUAAUGCCUUUGAAGUCUUUGGCGUGGACUUCUUGGUCGACAAGGACGCAAAUGUAUGGUUGCUGGAGCUUAAUGCUUAUCCGGAUUUCAAGCAGACUGGACAGGAUCUGCAAGAUGCUGUGGUUGGUGGUCUUUUCAAGGAGGUCGUUCAGGUCGCUGUGGGGCCCUUUUUUGGCUAUCCUGAGCCAGAGUCUGCGAAGAUGCCACUGGUGAAAUCGAUUGAUCUAGGGAGAGGGUGA